CAAAACCGAAAAGCUUAGUGUUGUGUUUUAUGCAAAUGUUGAUCAAGUAAGCAAAGCGCAAGUUUAAUUGAAACAAGAAGAAUUUUACUGGUCGCUGUAAACAAGUGGCCUUUGUUUGGUACAGUAUUAUAUGCCACCUAAAAAGAAGAAACCGCCCCUCAAAGAGGACGAGGAGGACGGUGUGAUGGAUAUUUUCGGAUACAUCGAUUUAAUCCAAGACUGCUUAUCGAAAGCAGAGACCAGUGAAUCACUUUGUCUGGACGGUAUCUCUAAAGCAGAUAUAGCGCUUCGUCAGACAAAGGAAGAUCCUGACAUACAGUGCAUUGUGCUCAUGAAGAGAGCUGAACUUCUUUAUAUCGCUGUUAAGAAUGAAUACGACACUGACGAUCUAGACGAUCCAUUAGAUGGCUGUAUCGAGGACUGUGAACAAGUGCUUUCCAAGGUGUCCUCAUCAAAUGGAAGUGGAAAGUCUCUACACGUACAGGCCAGUGCUCUUCACGAAGAUGCUGCCGCUCUCAAGAAGGCCCUGCGUAAAGAAGCCAGAGCUAAGAAGAAGACCUUUGUAGAGAAUGUGGCCUACUCUGUCUUCCAGCGUUACGACCCAACUAAAGCCCUGUUCAAGCAUGUCUCUAAAAUAAACUCUUACCUCCUGCAAGAUAUUGUGGACUGUUACAAGAAAUCAAAGAACAUUUGCCGUACUUGUUACUAUAAACAGAAUAAGAUAGAACAGUUAUCUGUCCCUAACAGAUUCUGUAAGCAUUGUAAGAAGGUUGCAGCCCCAUUGCUGCUGAUACCGGCCAGUAAGAUGUGUGAUAACUUGGCAGGCUCCUCUACAGUCGCCAUUCCUCCUCCUCCAAAGAUGCUCAUGGCAAAGAUUAACAGACACAAGUCAUUUCAGAUGUGUAAGAACAAAGACCACACAAUCUGCUGUGAUAAGUCAGCUGGUGGUGAGACCUGGUUUGGUCACAGCAUCGAGGAGCUCGUCAUCUGGACAAUGGAGAGACACUAUGGUUGUAAAUUCUCGGAAUUUAUUCGCUCUCAUCAUGAAGAGUCAGAAUCGCCCAAUCACAGGCUGUUUGGUGAAGCCAACGGGCCAGCUAACAGCACUCACCAUUUGGACGAGUUUUACGACGAUAGUGAUGACAACGAAUACGAUUAUUAUCCUGAGGAUUGUGUGUUCAAGAGUGUGGCGGCCAUUCCUCAAGCUCUCUUACUGAAUGUCAUAGAACUGUACAGUAGGUCCAAGGACUACUGCAAAUGGUGCUACUACAAAGAUAAUAAAAAGAGCAUUGUCAAGUUUGACAAGAGCUCCAAUGGGAUGGUGUGCUCGUACUGUCACAGAGUGUGGGACCAAGUGGUGGUCAUCCCGGCCAGCAGCCUCUGUUGGAACUUUGGCAGUUUUGAGUACCUCCCCAUAGCCCCUUGGCCCGAGGGGAAACCCAUCAAGGACUCAUUUGAGUAUUGUCAGAAGAAGGAUCACUUCAGGUGUUUCCGUGUGUAUAUAGAGAACGAGUUCUGGUACCCCCACUCUGUGGAGGAGAUGAUAGUCUGGACCGUGGAGAGGGAGAGAGGUUGCUCGUUUCCAGCUUUUAUCGAGAGUGUGAGUCGCAUUCCUGACAACCUCUUGCCUUCAACUCGCACCAGUCCAAAUCGAGGUGGCACUGCUGCCACGCCCACUAAUCCUUCGAAAUUUACCCCCAGUGCUUCCACUCCUAAUACACGUCUGACCUUUAAACCACACCCUCAGCUCGCUGUGUCCACUUCUCCAAGUAAACUCACCAUGGCUCAGAAAGUGGCUGCUAACAUAACCACCCCUGUGUUCAACACUGCACAGGCAACUAGUACAAGUUUAGUGUCGAGGCCCAGGCGUGAAUUUCAGUAUGGAAGUAAUACGACUCAGACUCAGUCAGGCGGUGUGAUGAUCUCCACUAUAUCACAGGCAGUAGCUCCUCGGCCAGCUGCUGUGCUCCAAAAUGGCAAUGCUGUUAAUACUCCAGCUGCUAGUAGGUACAUGUACCCUCCUACUGCGCCAGUACAAGGACUGGCUAGUAGUGCUAAUAAUAUGAGGAACUACAUAUCGUCUAUACCAGAAUUCAAGCCGUCGGGAAUUGUUCAAAUGAGUACGAUUGGGAUAGCAAUCACAACGAGCCCCGGAGGGAUGCGUCAAAAUGCUGUAAUAACCACCAACGCUAUGAAUAAAACUGGUUUCCAGUUACCAGCUACGAACUUUAAUGUGCCCCCUAACUACCGAAUGGGGAGCGCAACCUAUGAGGUGCAGGUCUCGCAGACCCCUCUACCUUCCGUCAUUAGCCCCACCUCGACAAGGACCCAGCAACAAGCUUUGUAUAAAUUCUUGGAGGUGAAUUUCAAGGAUGUUCCUGACAUCCCUGUGCCUCUCCUCAAAGCAAUCUCAAACUGCUUUCAAUCCAGGAAGGAGGUGUGUAGACUAUGUUUCUACGAGGAGCGUGUGCUGAGUGGCCGCGUUCAUAGCUCCAAUAUUUGCAGCAAUGGAGGCCAUCCCUGGAACAAGCCAAUACUAGUCAUACCAGGUUGUACACUGUGUGACAAUGAGCCAUGUUUUGAGCGAGGGGAGUCGGUGCCCCUACCCCCUUUACCACCCGUGGCCACAAUCAAGAAGUGUCCGCAGAAGAACCAUCAUAAAUGCUACACUAAAUCCCUCAAAUCUAACGAAAUGUUUGCCCACUCUGUGGAGGCGCUGGUUGUGUGGAUCGUGGAGAGCGAGGAGGAGUGCUCAUUCGAAGAAUUUGUGGCAGAGAAACUGAGUGUAAUGUCCGCAGACAAACAUAACUCUAGAGGAUCUUCCCGCACACCUCCUCCGAAUACUGGCAGCUCUGUCAGUCCAGCCUCUACUGUAUCCCCUAAACCAGCUACCCCUAUCCACAGAAUCACCCCUCCCCCUCAAACUACCAACCAAUCAACCAAUCGUCUCUUCCAUCCUAGAGAAGUCGAGUUCGUUACCAUAAGAGAUGUUCCUUCAGAGCUGCUCUCAAGCGUCGCCGAGUGUUUCAAAAGCUGCACUUUCGUUUGUCGUUUGUGUUUCUUUGACUCUGGCUGUAAGAACCUCAUUCAAAAAGUUGAAGUGAAUCGUUCCUUCUCUUGCCCUUAUGGACACAACCCUUGGAGAGAUAUUAAAGUGAUCCCAAAGUGUGUGCUAUGUGUUAGUCCCUCAGAGUGGAUUCCCGUUCCCCCAUUGCCCAAACACAUGAAGCAGUCUAAGAACUCGUUUGUCAUGUGCAAGAAAGAUGAUCACAGCACGUGCUAUGCCAUGUCCAAGGGUACUAACCCUUGGUUCCCUCACACCGUAGAGGAGAUGGUCAUAUGGACUGUGGAGAGAGAGACAGGUAAAGAAUACGAAGACGUGUAUAAGCAAUUUCUGACUGCGCCACCACAAGUCACAACAAUUAUCCCUGCCCAACUGAAGAUCAACCAACCAAGGCCCUUCCUAGUGGGCAGCCAACCACCACUUCCCAAGAAUAACCAGCAAAUCUCGAUGACUACUAACCCACCAAAACUUAUCAGCAAGCCAACUAUGGCAGCUAGUAAGCAAACACCCCCUCUGCAAUUCAAGCCUUCAGGAGUAACAGAGCCGAGAAAACAGCCAUCGCUGAGCGUAUCUGUUCAUCAUCCCUCACCCUCCACCUCGUUUCUACCCGGGGAUAUCCAGUCUCCUACGCUCAGGUCAGAUCUAGAAGAAGCCAUCAAGUUAGCUCACACCUCUAUGGCCACUACUCUCCAGUCUCAGCCAAAGAGCAACCUACAACCCGUGCUUCCAGUGUCUGCUGAUGCUAAUAGCAUGUUUGGAGCUUUCCCUAACAUCCUUACCAACAUACUCCCACAAACUACUGAAACGAGUGGAAAAACUGGUAGUAGUGACUAUCUUGGACUGAGCCUUUAUGGUAAUGGCGGUGUACCUGAAGAUGCUCUGGGAGGAUUCUUCCCAGCCUUGUUCAGUGGGCCAGAUGGUUCGAAUUUCAGCUCUAGUGAUCCAUACUUGAAUUCUGGAAGUUUUACAAGUUUCGGUGAGCACGGCGAUAUUGGAGAUAAGAAUCCUCAAGCCAAUUGGGGUCUACCAGUACCUACAUGUACAUCCCAGGCCGCUUUGCAAGGUUGGAUGAAUGCUCCUACUACAAGUACAGGAGAGUCACAUGAUACUCAGCAGUUAUUACAUGACAAGUUGAAAAAAGAUAAUCGCCAGGCACCCCAGAAACAACCUCCCAAGAACAAUGCCUGGAACAAUGACCCAGUACGAAAUGGGAUUAAAGCGUCUCCUGUUAAACGUGAAUCGAAAAUGAAGUCAAAUACACUGAACUCAGUAAAACCUAAGGCUAUCAUGGCUGAACGAGAAUCUAUUGAAGCAAUAGUGAACAGCACAGAUUCUGCUCUACUAGUGCCUCGCAUGCCAAACUCCGAACCCUUGAUUUUGGAAAAAGCGCUUGAAGCCGAAGGAUUUGUGAAAGUUAAGUCAAAGCGACAAAGACGAUCUCCUAAGAAAACUGAAGCAUUAUCAGCCACACGAACUAAACCAAAGGUCACGGGCUUGGAUCUCGAUAGAAUCAGUCCCUCAAGUAGUGAAAAUGAAAGCGCUGAUAGGUUAUCAUUAAGUGGCCAUGGGUCAAGCAGUCAAAGUGGAAGUUCACACAAGCGAACACCAGACAUUAGUGAUGGAUUCUCCAAUAGCUAUGAGGAGCAUUUAUCUAGUGGAUUUGAGCCUCAACAUAAUGGAGCAGCUGCUAUGACGAAUUUAGCACAAAAUACCUCCUCAAGAAAAAGUUCCAACGUUUGUCUUGUUUGCUAUGAGAGUUUCGUGAAUGCUGAAAAGCUCUUCACUCACUGUCAGAGUGCAACCCAUUGCAAUGCUGUUUUUAUGGCGAUUGGGGGCAAACAAUUGUUUAGCUACUCUCCACCACAUCCAAAAUUGCAAGUCAAAGACAUGAAGCUGUGUUACAGGCAUGGUUGUCAUGGUGCUCCAGAGUGCCGGCUGGCACAUGCUCAAAAACAGUUGACAUCUUGGAAACAGGAGUGGUCUCUAGUUAGAAAACCUGUCAAUCCCACCAAAGGGGUCCACCCAGAGACCCUCCCACCACCUGUGAAACUAACAGAGCUCACCAAUGGUCUACGUCUCUCCCCAAAUCCUAUGGACUCGCAGUAUCCUAAUGUGAUAGUGACCUCGUCCAGAGCAACGUCUGUCACUGUCAAGGCUAGUGAGGGAAGCGUUGAGUGGAGAAUAACACUUCAAGGCCAGAACUGGCAGACAUUGUUUGGAGUGUACUGUCACGCCCCUCCCAGUUCCAGCCCCGCUCCCUCUCUCACCGAGCCCACCUUCAAGAUAAGCAGCAUCUCUAGUGGACCCCACAGUUUUUCUGUGGGUGGUCCCAUAUGGGAGGCGGAGUCUAUUAACUCUGGGAUCUUGUUGGGGAGGGUGGUGGUGGGCGUAGUUGCUCAGGUGGUCUCGAUGAAUCGCGGAUCCUCGGAGAUCUGUGAACUAAAGCUGAAUCUCGGAUACGAAGAAUUUCUUUAUCUGCCCAUGUCUGUGAAGGUGGAAGAUGUCAGGAAUGGUGCUCAGCCUGUACUGCAAGGAAGUCAACCUACUGUGGACAUGGUGAACGAUAAUCAAGUCUUUGGCAAUCCUAGCUCGGACAACGCCACGAAAGCUUUCCAGCAAAAGUGGAACUUGUCCAACGGCACAAGCUCAUCUGAGGAGUUGGGCAUUCUGAACAUAGAGGACACCACCUUCCAGCACGUCCCCAUCGAGGACUGGGGCUGCUCACUCACUGAGGACACUGCCUUCCUAAAGUAGAGCAAACGUACUAGAAAAAUGUAAUAGAAAAAGUAAUGUAAUGAAUGUGUAAGUGCAACGUUGAGUUUUCGAAUAUAUUAGUCAUACAUGAACGGACAUAAUUAUACCCUAGCGCUUAUUUGAAUGUUUGUUUUUGUACGGAUUGAAUGAGUUGAUGAUCAUUUUGUGGUAAU